UCGAACAGCUCACCAAAGGGCCCAUCUAACUCUGUUUGCUAGUCUGCUUUACUGUCAGUUUCCAAAAACCGCAAUGGACUUCCAUCGCACUGCCGAGGUGAAUGGAAAGAUGCCUCUUGCAGCUAAGCUGACCAAAUGCAUCCAGUCUAAAAAUGACGAUUUGCGCAAAAAGGAAAAUGACUGUAAGAGACCCGCAGACCUGAGUGGACUUUCUUACAUCGCGGAGGCUUACGGCACCAUACUGAGUGAGCUUGGAGAGAACACCGAGAGGGAGGGCCUUUUACGCACGCCGUUACGCGCAGCCAAAGCCAUGCAGUUCUUCACAAAAGGUUACCAGGAAACGAUAGGAGAUAUCUUGAACGAUGCCAUAUUUAAUGAAGAUCACGAAGAGGUGGUGAUUGUCAAGGACAUCGAUCUCUUCUCUCUUUGUGAACAUCACCUGGUGCCCUUCUUUGGCAAGGCUCACAUAGCAUACAUCCCAAACAAGAAAGUGAUUGGUCUGAGUAAGCUGGCCAGAAUUGUCGAGAUCUUCAGCAGGAGGUUUCAAGUUCAGGAGCGUCUCACCAAACAGGUAGCAGAGGCGAUUGAGGAGGCGUUGGCACCUGUUGGCGUGGCAGUGGUGAUCGAAGCUGCCCACAUGUGCAUGAUGAUGAGAGGUGUGCAAAAGCUCAACGCCAAAACUAUGACCAGCGUCAUGUUGGGAGCGUUCCAGAAGGAUUCCAGGACCAGGGACGAGUUUCUGACUCUGGUACUGAGGAAGUGAGCUUUGAUUCUCGUGCACAGUUCUGCAAAUGGAAAACAAUCAAACACUUGUGGAUUUCACUACGCGUGCAUCAGAUUUAUGUUUUUGUUAAGUUCUGCAAAUUACAGUAAAUUAAUCUAAAAUAAAACUUUUGGAAUGUUGUUGUGAAAUAAUGUCUUACGUCUGAUUCUCCAGGAGCAUUUCAGAAGGUGAACAGUGAGGAUUUCUCCCGAAAACCUCAAGCAUAAAUAAUUGAAAAUAUCUGAACAUGCUUUAUUACCAUAUGCUGAUCAUUCGUUUUAGCUGACAGAAGCCUCAUCUGUGACUGAUGGGGAUAUUUAUUCCUCUGUACAGUCAAAAUAUUUAAGUAAAACUGACACUCGUUGUUUUUAACUUUAAUAUUUUGGUUUCCGAUUAGUAUUUUUAGCUGUAUGCCGAGCAGGCACACCUGAGGGGACAUUAAGUGCUGCUGUCCCAGUUGUUUUUGUGCACCAGGAGUUUGUAAUUUAUUUUACAUGCAUGCCUUUGACUUGUGGCUGUAAACCCCUGUAGCAGUGAAGAGUGCAGUGGUAAAUUGCAACCUGAAUUCUGGACAUGUUGGUAAAGUGCUUUCCAUUGCCCUGCAGGGAGGUGAAGGCCUUUAUAAAUCUGCACCCAGCGAGUGGCGCUCAUGCUCAGGAGUUUAACAAAAGUCGUUGUAAUAUUGGCUUAAUGAUGAACUGCUUAAAGUUUACGAUAAACUCAACAGAUCUAAAAUCUGUGAACGAGAAGAUGUGUGUUCACUCAGACAUCCCUCGCGGAUUAAUUCUCUCAUCCAGUGAACUCAUUAUGAACACCGUUACUUCCAGGAAUAAACACAGGAAAAGUUAAUUUCACAAACGGAGAGAGGACCACGUACUGUUUGCAAGUUCAAAAAACCCCCCGAGGCGGCUUAUUAACACAGUAAACACGUUUAUUGAGAAUAGAGGAGAGCAUCAACGGAUAGAAUGCAUUGGUGGCUGCGGCACUUAGGUCCUGGAACCUGAGGGUGGACCUUCACACGACGUAAGCAAGCAAAACUGUCCGAGAGGGAAGGCCGCCGACCCCCCCGCCCCGCAGCCGCCUCCGUCUGCGGCUUUAAACGCGGUCGUACAACGUAAGCUGGGACAGAGAGGAGGAGCACCAUGUACAUUAAAGCUUUAAUCAAUCAUCACGUCUGACUCGGAAACAGAAAACCAAAAGCAAGAGUUGGCACCUUCGAUUAAUAUCUUUAAAAAUGUGUUUUUAAAAAGCCAAAAAUAAAUGCAUAAAAAAUAAGCUGAUAUAUAUAUAUAUAUUUGUUUAUGUUUGGCUUGCAAGAACAGUUCAGUCACAACCUUUAAGUUAUUACUUAAUGCACCGACUGCAGACAUGUGGGCUUUGACCUUUGUUGCAUACACUUGUUUUGGGGGUUAAUAGACAUUUAAACGUUUCUCUAAAUCUGGUUAAACUUUACAAAAUAGCUAUUUAAAUGUUGAACGAUGAGACUGCAUUACAUGGAUCAAGAUAUUCUUGGUACAUGUGUUUUGGUAAAAAAAAAAUCCUUUAUGCCUGAUCCCCAGAUCCAUAAUAUGACAUUAUUUGGCUUAAGAUUUUUUAGAAAGAGUAUCUACAGACAGGGUUGCACAAGCUAUUCAUAUAUCCAUCACAGUGGCUGCGUUUGUGUGUUGUAGGCUCACAAUUAACUUAAAUUAGUGAUUUAAUGAAUCAGGUCGCACAAUUCAGUGCGACGUGUGCAAAGUAGAGUAAAACAGAAGUACAGUUAGUGAUUUUUGUGAAUGAAAUUGUGCAAUUCUCUCCAUCUGUGGAGUUGUUUUGGGUGAAUUCAUCUUAAAGUAUUCCCAUUUUAUUUCCCAUGAAAAUCAAAUUCAAAUGCAUUAAUUCUAUACUAUCCUGUUCAGUCAAUGUACAGUUGUUUUUGAAGCUCAAUGGGUCUAAAACAGGCAAAGGGGUGGAGCAGGUGACGCCCGAAAUGAAGCAUAACUUUAAGCUUAGAGUUUGAAUGGGUGAGUUAUCGUAAGGUGGUUAUUUUAAAAUGGAGGCCUGACUUUUGGAGCCUAAAGUGGCUAUAGUCAAGGAAUGAAACUGUGAGUGCUACUAGAUAAAUGCAUAUUUAGCUCCAGUUGCUGUUUCGUGGCAAAUUCAAACAGCGUUUUAAUAAAACGUAAGGUCAAAUGAGGAAAAUUUGGUUGUAUAGCUAAAAAAAAAUAAAAAGGCAUGCAACUGGUACAUUAUGCAUCCUAAUCACUACUACUGGGUGUUUUAUUGUAUAAAUUAACUGUAAAAGAUCUUAACUGUGACUAGGAUAUUUUAUUAAUAGCUAGUGCAACAAGCUGCAACUCACUCUGAAUUACCUAGGUUAGCAUCUUUUCUGAAAAUGUUGACAUUUGGGCGGAUCGAGGAAGCUUUGUAACAGGAUUUUGGAGAUAAACUUCAUAAGCUUGUGCAGGUCGAGAUGUUGUGCCGUGGUCCUAUGUGUGACCGAUGGAACUGUGUGCAUCUUGUGUGCUUCAGUCGGCCUUCUCUGGGACAAGGACGUGGUUUAAAAGCAGAGGAAUGUGCUCUGUUGUGCUUGGAAAUGGAGCGACACUGGCUGUGCUUCAUGUUGUGCAUUAAACAUUAGGUAUCGGGUCGUCUGAUGUCCAUCUGAUUCGGAUGAAAGCGUGUGCAUUGGAUUCUUUGGGCACUGAUAUGAAUCUAAAAUGAGAUCCCUCUUCUUCUCUUUCCUAAACCUUCUAAAGGUGAUAAAAAGGAUAACGCAUUAUUGCAGAAUAACA